UAUAUAUAUAGUCUAAUAAGUGGGCAUAGGGUCAGUGGAAGAUAGAGUAAGUGUUUAUAGUUUGGGUAUACUACUGUCAACUCACCAUCAUUACGACCAGGGUAACGACUUUCCCGAAGCGGAUCCUCUGUUUUGCCCACCACCCAGGACAAUGGAUCGGAACCCAGCCGGCGAACCAAAACAACGUUGCCGUAAAAGGGGCAGACGAAGCGAUCUUCUGAUCAGGCUCCAGAGACGGGCACAUCGAGUACCGCUCCCGAGCAUACUACUCGCCAAUGUCCAGUCUCUUGACAACAAGGUUGAUGAAAUCCGAGCAAGGGUAGCAUUCCAGAGAGACAUAAGAGACUGUAACGUUCUUUGCUUCACGGGAAACAUGGCUCACUCGAGACACGCUAUCGGAGGAUUCGGUACAGCCAGCUGGUUUCUUCACGCAUCGCGCCGACAGAAACAAGCAUCUUUCUGUGCCUUUGUUGUGGAGACUCGGCCCUCUAUGCCACAAGGUAAAGGGCCCUUAGUCCUGCGUACCAAUGACCAGUUCUCUGUCAAGCGCAGAUUCCUCUACACAUUUCCUGAGCAGAACCGCGCCAUGAAAGUGUACGUGUCCAUCGACAGGGAGGUUCCUCAGAUCAAAGGGUACCGGAGGUUCAAUGUCCCUGGGACCUACAGUAAGGCUAUGAACAUGGCUGAGAGUAUGAUUGGAGGCAUGGAGGCAGACUUCAGACGUCUGAUUCUUCAAAGUAGCCACCCUUUGCCUUGAUGACAGCUUUGCACACUCUUGGCAUUCUCUCAACCAGCUUCAUGAGGUGGAAUGCAUUUCAAUUAACAGGUGUGCCUUGUUAAAAGUUAAUUUGUGGAAUUUCUUUCCUUCUUAAUACGUUUGAUGCUAGAAACUUUGCUCUGUUUGUCCAGUACUAUUUAAUACAGCAAGGAUAGAUGUGCGUUACAGAUUACAUUCCCAGUACAUGGGAUAAUUUCUUUGUUUAUUUUACGGCGCACUGUAGCUUGAAUAAUGGCAGUAAUGAUAAAUGGAUUCAGAUAAACUUAAUGACCUGUGACCCAACCUGCCAAUAAAAUACAUCUUCUGCUUCAACCCUGAAAUGUGGCAAUGCGUUUGAUAGCAAAACCAAGGAGAUUCGUCUAGUCUUCAGUUAUGUCACAGUGACAUCUACUGAGAUAGUUACAAUAAAAGUAGGCUAGGAUGAGACAAGCUGUGGAAGGAGAAACUAUUUGAGCUGAGUAAUAUACAGUAUGUUGCUCUAUAUUAAAAGAAUCUCAACAUUGUAAUUCCGCAAUAGACUAAGGAUAUGACAAAUCCAAUCACGUAUACCAAUAUGACUGCUAUGAUUACAAAUAUUCUCAACUAUCAGGAGGUGAAAGUCAACGUAAUCAUGUCAUGGAGGACAUUAGGAGUUGCACCAUUACUUUAGGACAUGCGAGUUGAGAAAUCUUUCAAAAGUUCUGCUUUAGGGUUGGCAGAAGUUCCACAUGUUGUGUAAAUGAAAUGUCCCAUGUGUAAAAGGAUAAUAUCCUAUGUUACCAAAUAAUAGGUACUAUGAAGUAAUGAGGAGACUUAGAUUUGUAUUUGCUUCAUUGUCCAAGUUCAUAUGUAUUUCAAAUAUCAUUUAUAAUGUACCAAAGUUGUCAAUGUUGUAUUUGGUCCCAUAUUGUUAGCACACAAUGACUACAUCAAGCUUGUGACUACAAACUCGUUGGAUCCAUUUUCAGUUUGUUUUGGUUCUGUUUUCCCCAAUAGAAACUGAAUGGAGUAAUUUCUAAAUCAAUCCUGAUGCCAUGAUUAGGAAAAAUGAUGAAUCAAUCACCUCUCAUAUGGGACCAAAUACUAAACUGUAGACUAUUUAAAUACACUAAGUGAAAUGUGUCCAAAUACUUGACAUCUUCAAAUGGGGGGACUAGAUAUAACGUUAAAUCAGAUAUGUAUGAAAAUACCCUCAAAUAAAAAGGUGACAGUCUGUGCUGUCACUUUUUAUGAAA